AUGAUAAAAGCUGAUCUAGAAGAAGGAGUCAGAGAAAUGGGAGGAAAAAGAGCCGAUAUUAUUCACCUGACAGAAGAAGAUAUAGAAAGCAAAGACGAACGAACAAAACAUGAAUUGGUUAACAGGAAUAGAUCAGAGGAAACUGAGGCAUAG